AUGUCUGGUCGAGUGUUGCAGGAGCACCUGGAGCGCAUGCAGCAGAAUCCGAAUUUCAUUCGGCACAUAUGCGUGCUCGCACAUGUGGAUCAUGGAAAAACAUCCCUUUCUGAUAGUUUAAUCGCAAGCAAUGCUAUUAUCUCGCAAAGACUGGCCGGAAAAGUACGGUAUCUAGACAGCCGAGAAGACGAGCAGCAACGUGGAAUUACAAUGAAAUCUAGUCUGAUCUCACUGUUACAUAUCACAG